AUGCCAGGCCAUGCCCCCCAAACCGCAUUAUGCCAGGCCAUGCCCCCCAAUCACAUCAUGCCAGGCCAUGCCCCCCAAACCGCAUUAUGCCAGGCCAUGUCCCCCGAACCGCAUCAUGCCAGGCCAUGCCCCCCAAUCACAUCAUGCCAGGCCAUGCCCCCAAGUCGCAUUGUGCCAGGCCAUGCCCCCAAGUCGCAUUGUGCUAGGCAAAACCCCAAACCGCACUGCGCCCGGCCACCCCAGGCCCCGACAGCAUCCGCCCAGGCACUGCAGCAACGGGGAAGGGGUGGCUCGCUGGACAGCAGUGCCGGCGCCGUCGGCAAGCUAUCAGCAGCUGCCGCCGCGGCGGCGCCGGCAGUAAGACCCCUAGCGGACUUUGCCUUUAUCAGAAGUGCACCGAAACGUCGCGUCUCCGCCGGCCGCACCGGGACGUUGGUUAAUACACCCUCAGCACCGACGGGGCCCAUGGGAAGGUGCCGUCCCAGUGUGUUCGUACAGCCGGCGGAUGAGGAGGCGGCGCCGACAGAUGCUGAAGAGGCACUGCUGGACGGCAACGGCCCCACGCCGCCGUUGCUGCAUCGAAGAGCUGCGACGCCUGAACUGGAAAACAAACGUGGUGGAAGCACAGGCGCCUCCCGGUCACACCAGCCGCAUCGACGGGGCCGGCCGUACUUUUAUAACGCCCGUCUCAGGUGGGUGGAUGGGUGGGUGGGCGACGUGGGUGUGGGUGUGGUGCGGCUGGGGCAUCAACCUGUGCGCCCCAGUGGCACCGAGCGGGCGUUGCUGAUGAUGGACCCGGCUGAGGUGGGACCCGAAUGCAGGGUCGACUGGCUGCCGGGACUCGGGGCGUACGAGUCGUCCGGCCUGCCGGCACCCGCACGCAGGGGCCGGCCGUACUUUUAUAACGCCCGUCUCAGGGUCGACUGGCUGCCGGGACUCGGGGCGUACGAGUCGUCCGGCCUGCCGGCACCCGCACGCAGGGGCCGGCCGUACUUUUAUAACGCCCGUCUCAGGUGGUCCGUACUGCAGGACCAAAGCGUGGCACUGCACUCGGGGGACAAUCACUGA